CGUUCCCAGGUGCGUCUGGGAGGACGGCGGGUUCUUCCCGAAGGAGCCGGCGCGGAGGCCGCGGUGCGGGGCCGGGAGUGUGGUCAGUCCUUGGGUCCGUCCUUGGCGAGGCGAGGGGCGGGAAGAGCUUGGAGCGCCCCGCGCGCUGCUGGAGAGCGGUGACGGAGGAGAUCCGGGGAACAGCGAGACUGGAGACGCCUUCAGGAUGGCCUCCCCGGCUCUGCUCAUGCGUGUGGUCGCCUCUGCGUAUUCUGUGGCGGAAAAAGCUGCAACAAUUGUCAGAAAUGUAAUGUCUGCAGGAGAUCUGGGGAUAGUGGAGAAGGCUGGGCCCAAUGACUUGCAGACCAAAGCUGACCGACUUGUACAAAUGAGCAUUUGUGCUUCCCUGGCACGGAAGUUUCCCAAGGUCACAAUCAUAGGAGAAGAGGAUUUGCCCACUGAUGAUGUAACUGAGGAAUUAAUUGAAGAUGGUCACUGUGAAGAAAUACUGAAGAAACCUUGUCCUGCUCAGUACACAGGAAUUAAAGAGGAGGAGCUUGUAAUAUGGGUUGAUCCCCUGGAUGGAACCAAGGAGUACACUGAAGGUCUCCUUGACCACGUAACGGUUCUUAUUGGAAUUGCAUAUGGAGGGAAAGCAAUAGCAGGAGUUAUUAACCAGCCAUAUUACAACUAUGAGGCAGGAGCUGGUGCUGUGUUGGGCAGGACGAUCUGGGGAGUCCUGGGCAUAGGUGCCUUUGGAUUUCAGCUCACAGAAGCACCUGCUGGGAAACACAUCAUCGUUACCACCCGUUCCCACAGCAGUGCCCUGGUAAAUGAGUGCAUCAGUGCCUUGAACCCAGACAGUGUCAUCAGAGUUGGAGGAGCAGGAAACAAGGUCAUUCAACUUAUAGAAGGCAAGGCAUCUGCUUAUAUAUUUGCCAGCCCUGGGUGCAAGAAAUGGGAUACAUGUGCACCUGAAGCUAUUCUACAUGCUGUGGGAGGCAAGAUAACUGAUAUCCGUGGAAAUUCAUUUCAGUAUAACAAGGAAGUAAAACACAUGAAUUCAGCUGGGGUCCUCGCCACUUUGAGGAAUUAUGACUAUUAUGCCAGUCGUAUUCCUAACACUGUGAAAGAGUCUCUAGUGCCUUAAAGCAAGGGAAGCAUCUUCACUUGGCCUGGAAGGCUGAGAAAGUGAACUUGGGGAAAAAAGAGAGAAAGAAGACAACUGAGCUUGAAAUCUUGUUUUACAGAAUCUGAACUGAAUUCUUUUAUUAAGGUGUUCAAUAAUUUCAAAGUUACACAGAAUCCGUAAGUAAAUGUUGGAUCAGAUUGUUUUGCUGUUUUUAGCAGGCAACUUCAAAGUGGUCACAUUUCUUCAACAGCUGUAUUCUGUAUUCUCUGGGAAUUUUUAUUCUUCAUGACUGUGCAUGAUAUACUGUAAAUCAUAACACUGCAGACCAAAAAUCACCUGAAAAUUAUGGGCACAAAAUCACAUUAAGUCAUUUACCUACUUUUGCUCGAUGUUUUUUUUGUUGUAUGUAGCCAGUACAGGUUAUUGUGUUAAAUACAAAUGGACUAAGGAUUUGCCUGGAUGGAUUAGCCCAUUUGUUAUAAAGUUGCCAGUUUUGAUUCUUAGAAGUGAAUCUUUGAAUUUUUCAAUCUGCACUCAGUUUUGGGAUGGCUGAAAUUGUUAUUUGUGGUGAAUUGGGUUGUCUGAGUUUUGCAGGAGGCAGGACACAGUCCAUCUGGUCGUUCAACAUCCCAUAUAGAGAUUCCUGGGUCAUUGGAUCCAUUGAGGAUCAGUGAAGCAUUAAUACAGCAGGGUUCAGGACACCCUCAAAUAAAAGGUGACAGGGGGAGGAGUUCCAAGCUCCUCUCUGACUUGAAAUGCCCCUGGCAGGAUUUAUGCCACUGCAGUCUUGGAGUGCUUUGGGCAUCCUAGGUCAUUUCAACAUAUGUGGGGGUAACAGAAGGUGCAGAACUUAAAAUUUUUCACGUCCAAAUUUUGAGAUAAACAGGUCCCUUUCCAACAGCCCCACCAAGCUGAAGAACCUGACAGUCCCACUCGCCCUCCAUAUGAAAUGUAGGCAUGUUAGGGAGGGGAAAGAAGUGGGACAAGAUCACCACAAAUUAACUUAAGAAUUGGAGAGCCUGUUUCAGUCAGCUUUCCCAUAGGUGUGGGUCUUAGGAAAGCAGGAUUCAACUGCUCAGUCCACUUGAACACAAAAGAGAACAAGUAUUAAAUUACAUACAGCUAGCUAAAAUUGGCAACCUUAGCCAAAACGGGUGAAAUCUCUUCAAGCUGAAUUUGGAAUUCUGGAGUUAGGAUCUUGAACCACUGAGGCCUCCAUGCCCUUUGUUUUCUCCACUUUUUGUGCCCCAAGUCCCUUAUUCUCAAAUUAAGGAGUCUUAGGGCAUCCCUUUCCCCAACAGUGUGACACUGAGGCAUUCCAUGAAGAGAUGCCAGUUUCAACAGACAACACAUAGUUUUGCUUUUCUUUCUGUUCUCUGUGUGGAGAAAAGAGUGGCAUAUGUCAGCUUCUCAAGCAUGUGGUGUCAGGGAGGAGGUGCCUGAACACAGCUGCUCGCUUAUGUAAAGACUGAAUCCCUAAGCUCCUCUCCCACGUGGUUUUUUUUGCUGUUACCUGUGCUGACACCAUAAAUGUUAAAGUAGGCUGCAGGCUCCACUGCACUGUUUCUUCCUUUCUGCCCCUCUCCAUCCACACAAACCAUCUUUAAACUAGCACUUCAAGGUACAAAAGUUAUGUUUUCCAUACAGAAGAAAAUUUCAAAUUUCAGUUUUCAACAUUAUGUUCAUGUUACUUCUUUUUCCUUUUCAUCACACAAGGUGUUUAACAACUCUAAUUUACUUAACAGUCCUUAGAUUAUAUCCUUUCCUCACCACAGGAUAACAUCAAUAUGACUUCAGUGCCUGAAAGCUGGCUCUGUUUUCAGCAAGCUGGAACACCUUGACACCAAAAGAUAUGAACGAGGCAACUCUUGCUAAGGUGUUCCCAGUUUCUCCCUGUGCUCGCAUGGAACAGGAUCUAAGGAAGGUCUUUCCUUAGUGAGGUCAUCUUAGUGUAACAUUUAGAUAAAUUAGCAAGAUUAGUACUUACCUCAUUCUAUUGUGACACUGGAUUAAAGCCACACACAUAGGACUGAUGUGUGCUUCUAAUCCUUUGAUCUAAAGCCUACCUUCCUUCUCUUUCCUCAAGUGCAUGACUAGUAAGAGCAGGCAAGACAGAUUCAGCCUGCUUUAAUUAGAACCUUCUUCAUGUUUUGGCCCAUUACAAGUUUAGUCAUUCCACAUAUUGAUUGUGACUGAAGUUUGAGCCAUAUAGCAAGUACGAGCUUAAUCUCAUCUCACUGCUUCAGUUGUAUAUAAUUUUCACCUUUACCUUGUACAGGAUUCUUUGUUACGCAUGCUUUAGCUUUCCCAUCAAAAUCUGCAUGUGAAUUUGCAGAACACAUUAAGAUAAAAUGUAUAACAAUUUAGACAAUGCAAAGCCUGCCUUAAUAAUUCUUUCCAUGUAAUCAUUAAAAUACUAAGUACAGAACCCACUGUUAGUAAACUUCAUCUAUGUAUCUA